AUGACGAAGAAUCUGAUAUCACUUAAUACUCUUGACAGUAAGGGUUUUAGGUUCAGCGGAGGAAGUGGAGAUUUGUGCAUCAGUAAAGAUUCAUUAGUGGUUCUCAAAGGAAUUAAGCAUGGCAUCCUGUACAUCUUACAGGGUUCAACGCUAACAGGUUCUGCCACUGCUGCUGUUGCAUCUUUUGAAGAUCGUAGGUCUAAUAUGACCAAGCUGUGGCAGAUUAGGCUUGGUCAUAUGAGCGAAAUGGGGAUGCAGAUUCUGUCUAAACGUGAUCUUCUAAAAGACCACAAGGUCACCGAUCUUGGAUUCUGUGAACAUUGUACUUUCGGUAUACCACAUCGCAGAAAGUUUGGGAAGGCAAUUCACAGGACAAAAGGCACACUUGAUUACAUCCAUUCUUACUGUUGA